AUGUCGAAAAAGAACAAGGGGAAGAAGGUCGCAGACCCCAAUGAGACAUCCAAGCUCUUGGCUGCCAAAAUAUCGCAGUUGGAGCAAGAUGCUGCCGGAGAAAAGGAUCAGGAGGCAGAAAUCGAGCGCGAAGUUAAGAAGGCUACGAGGGACCUGAACCAACUCCUUAGCAAUAUCGAAUCUCCGAUGACACGGCUCGAGACGGUUCACAAAAAGUACACCGAACUACUGGCCGAUAUGAAGAAGCUAGAUCGCGACUAUUCUAAGAGCAAGAAGCGGGCCGAUCAACUGCAGAAGGAUCAGGACAAGGGCAAAUCCGAGUUGAACAAAACCGUUACUAUGAAGGAUAAAUUAGAAAAGCUGUGUAGGGAGCUAACCAAGGAAAAUAAGAAGGUCAAGGAUGAGAACAAGAAGCUUGAGGAGACCGAAAAGAAAGCGCGGCUUAUUGUUAACGAACGCCUCGAUUCUCUGCUGUAUGAUAUUCAGGACGUCAUGGCUGCCAAAGGGAAUCCCCGCAGUGAGAAAGCGGACAUCGAUCUAGACGAAGCUUUGCGCGCAAAGAUCAAAACUAUUGGCGAGAAAUUUGAAAUGCGCGAGUUACAUUACAAGGCACUCCUUCGCAGCAAGGAUGCCGAGAUACAAUGCCUUACCGCCAAGUACGAAGAGCAGCGCCGUACAGCCGAGAAUGAAGCCGCUCGUUGUCGUGCUCUGAGCUCCCAGGUCUCUACCUUCUCGCAUACCGAAGCCGAACUACGCAGUCAACUAAACAUCUACGUGGAAAAGUUCAAGCAGGUAUGGACCGAUGUCGAUGGCUUGCUCGGCCUCAGCCUCGUUUUGACCGCUGGUAAUAAUAAUAUCGCAGGUGGAGGAUACGCUGAACAACAGCAACGAGCUUUUUCUUACGUUUCGCAAAGAAAUGGAAGAGAUGUCCAAAAAGACCAAACGGCUAGAGAAGGAAAACCACACCCUUACACGGAAGCACGAUCAAACGAACCGCAACAUACUCGAGAUGGCGGAGGAGCGCACAAGGAAUCAUGA